GUACAUAUUUAUUAUUAUGAAGAGAACAGCCUCUCCAUUACCAAACCCUACAAAGGGCAAUAAGAUAAGAGAUUCUUUGGGGUUUAGAAUAAGAAAUCAAACCUUGGAGAAAGCUAACCGUACUGCAUUUGAUGUUCUUGGAGAAACUCAAGCAGAAGAUCUUUCACGUACUAAAACGAUCAAUGAAGAAGAAGCUGAAGGUGCCAGCUAUGUAAUUGAUGGACCACUCCGCCGGGUGAAUGCGUACUACUUCACUUACCUCACCUACUGUAAACUUCGUUGGAGAGAUAGAAAGCUUGUAGAUCUAUUCACUGAAGAGUUUAGAGAUCGAGAUGCUGAUUUUUAUCGUAAAACGAUUGCAGAAGGACAAAUCAUGCUUAAUCGGAAACCAGGAAACCUUGAAUCUGUCGUUCGUAAUGGUGAUCUUAUCAGUCAUAGAUGUCAUCGUCAUGAACCACCAGUUCUGUCUAGACCUAUCAAGAUCGUUCAUGAAGAUGACAAGAUCAUUGCCAUAGAUAAACCCUCUGGGAUUCCAGUGCAUCCUACGGGGCGUUAUAGAUACAACACAAUAACUAAAGUUUUCCAACACGAGUUUGGAAUGGUGGUGCAUCCAUGUAAUCGAUUGGAUAGACUUACGUCAGGGCUCAUGUUCCUUGGGAAGAGUGCUAAGGGUACUGAUGAAUUUGUACAACAAAUCAGAGAUAGAACCGUUAAAAAGGAAUAUCUUGCAAGAUGUGUUGGGAAAUUCCCCUUGGGAGAAGAAAAACCCGUGCUGGAAUCUGGAGAAAGUGUCAGUGAUGGGAUCAAAAUACUAGUAGAUAAGCCAUUAAGAACAGUUGCUCCUAAGGUUGGAUUGAAUAGAGUUGAUGAAGUCAAUGGUAAGGAAGCCGCCACAGAAUUCCAAAGAGUGUCUUAUGAUCCAGAAACAAAUACAUCAAUUGUCAAAUGUCGACCACUUACUGGUAGAACACAUCAAAUUCGAGUCCAUUUACAAUAUUUAGGACAUCCAAUUGCCAAUGAUCCUAUUUAUUCAAGUGAAUAUGUAUGGGGUCCUGAGUUGGGUAAAAAUGGGGCUGGAGAUGACGUUGAGAUCGAGGCAAAAUUAGACUCUGUUGGAAAGACAAGGUCAGCAUCCACAUGGAUCCAUAAGGAAGCUGAUGGUGAAGCAUUGGCUGAAAAUCAAUGUGAGAUCUGUGGCACUGAUUUAUAUACUGACCCGGGCCCCAAUGAUUUGGAUUUAUGGCUCCAUGCUUACAAGUACGAGGCAGCAGACUUGUCUUGGUCAUAUCGAACAGAAUAUCCAGAAUGGGCCAUUGAACCACACAGAAAAUACAUGGAAAUGGCCUUGGAAGAGGCCAAUAAGUGUGGAGAAACCACUACCCAAUACAAUGUUGGGGCUGUAUUGGUCAAUAAUGGAGAAGUAUUAAGCACCGGUCAUUCCAGAGAAUUGGAAGGUAAUACCCACGCGGAACAAUGUGCCUUGAACAAGUAUUUUGAAAAAACAGGUACCACCAAUGUUCCUAGAGGAACAGAAAUAUAUACAACCAUGGAGCCUUGUACAUUAAGACUCAGUGGAAAUUUACCAUGUACAGAACGUAUCUUACUGUCAAACAUCACCACGUGUUUUGUCGGGGUUGUUGAACCAGACACUUUUGUACAGAAUAAUAGCAGUAAGAGUAAGUUGGAGAAGGAAGGGAUUGAAUAUAUUCAUAUCAAGGGGUACGAGGAGAAAUGUUUAGAGAUUGCGAGAAAGGGACAUGAAAAUAUUAAGAAAGAGUAGUUAAUAAUAAUAAUAAAUAUACACUACAUUUAUAAAUAAUAAGAGGAGAAUUCUUUAUUUCUAUUA